CUCACAGUAGCAGCCUGCUCCCUCUCAUCCUCCUCCUCCUCUUCCUCCUCUCCGUCCGACAAUGCGGGCACCAACUAAGGAUUUAUAAUUUCUUCAUCCACUGUGCAUCGUUUCUUCCUCCUCUUCCUCACGGACUGUUCCAGUGAUGUCGCCACGUCCACAGAUCUGAUCCAUCAGGUUGAGUCGAAACAGGAACAGAGAUAAAAUCCACCCCUGACACCGACUCCCAGGACCGUCCCACCGUCCACCCCCGAACCCAACCUCCCCUCACCCCUCUCACAGCUCCAGGGCUCUCCAAGGGUUCCUCGCCGGGUUCUCCAAAGGGUUCUCUGUGGUGUUCUGGAAAGCUCCAUACGCCUCGGGGCCUCGGACCUUCAUGCGUCUCCCAGCGGCAGAGUCCACCCACACCUCCACCCACCACACCACCACCACCACCAUGAGCUGUGAACAGGAGUUUGGAGACGGGGCCAUGGGAGUCACGCUCACACUGCGCCUCCUCAUGCACGGAAAGGAAGUAGGAAGCAUUAUCGGCAAGAAAGGAGAAACAGUGAAGAGAAUACGAGAAGAGAGCAGCGCGAGGAUCAACAUCUCAGAGGGCUCCUGUCCAGAGAGGAUCAUCACCAUCACGGGUCAGACGGACUGCGUGUUCAGAGCCUUCACCAUGAUCACGUUCAAACUGGAGGAGGACCUGUCAGCCUUGGUAGCCAACGGCACAGUGACCAGCAAGCCUCCGGUCACCUUACGGCUGGUCAUCCCGGCCAGUCAGUGCGGCUCCCUCAUCGGCAAGGGCGGGUCGAAGAUCAAGGAGAUCAGAGAGACGACAGGUGCCCAGGUGCAGGUAGCAGGUGACCUCCUCCCAAACUCCACAGAGAGAGAGGUGACGAUAUCAGGGAGCCAGGACGCCAUCAUCCAGUGUGUCAAACUCAUCUGCACGGUAAUCCUAGAGUCUCCGCCAAAGGGAGCAACUAUUCCGUACCGACCCAGCCCGACCCCAGGAACUGUGCUGCUGGCAGGAAACCAGGUGUUCGAGGCGUCAGACUUUGGCUCUCACCCUCUGUUCUCUGUGGCGCAGGGAGGAGUGGACCUGCAGCAAACAUAUGCAGUACAGAGUCACUACGGCAUUCCACAUUCAGAGUUAGCAAAGCUCCACCAGUUGUCAAUGCAGCAGCAGGGCCUGGCCCCCAUCAGCCAAUCAGCUACACAAGUUCUACCUGGAGGGAUGGACACCAACUCCCAAACCACAUCUCAGGAGCUCCUCAUUCCAAACGAUCUGAUUGGCUCAAUCAUCGGUCGCCAGGGCACCAAGAUAAACGAGAUCCGGCAGGUGUCGGGGGCUCAGAUCAAGAUCGGCAGUCAGAUCGACAGCACCAGUGACCGUCACGUCACCAUCACCGGCACACCGAUAGCCAUCAACCUGGCUCAGUACCUGAUCACUUCAUGUUUAGAGACCGCCAAAUCCACCGCCCAGUCCUCCUCCAUGCCGUCUCCCGUUGACCUGACCAUGAGCUUCACCCAGCCCGCCCCCCCUGCCUCGUCCUCCUCCUCCUCCCCCCUGGCAGCGAUGGGCGCCGCACUGCCCCACGCUCAAAUGCUGGGCGCUCCCUACGCCCUCCCCCUCUCCAGCCUCCUGGGAAUGAAAUCCAUCCCUUACCUGGCACUCUCCACCCCUCCUGCCUCAGCAGCAGCGGCGGCGGCGGCGGCUGCAGCCAUCGGGGCUCCCAUGUUACCAGGUUCGAUGCAGACGGCGGCGACGGCAGCCGUUCCGGUUCAGGCUCACGCGGCGGCGGCCCUGGCGUCCUACACGGCCAAGAUCUCGUCCUCAGCCAACGGGAUGAAGAAGCCGGAGAGACAGAAGUUUGCGCCGUACUGAUGAGGGAGAGGGAAUGAGAGGAUGAGUUUGCAUCACUGAGGUAGCUUCUGGGGACGAGGCUGGUUUUUAGAUGGAAGGGCACUUCUUAUUUUCCUUCUUUUGUUAUUUCACUUCUCUUUCUUCCUCUGCCUCUCCAUCUCUUAUUCCUGUCUGGUGUCAAAGUGGGAUCAUUGGAUGAUUUAUGAUGUGAUGAUAAUGACAGUAAGGUUUAUCUUGGGGUUAGUUGCACUGAGCCACGCCGUGUACGUCCGUGAGCAGCACUGAGUCUUGAUUAGACCUGUUUUAUUAGGCCUCCACGCUGACUGACGAGAGCCGUAAUGGGAGGCAGUAUGUUUCCAGGUUGUUCAUACCUACAUACACCCGCACAUACACCAGUCCGUCCAUCCCAUUCUCAUGAACAUGAUAUCUCAAAACCACCUUGAGGGAAUUUCUUCAAAUUUGGCACAGACGUCCAUUUGGACCAAAAAAUACACUAAUUAGAAUUUUGUGAUCGAAAGUCAAAGGUCAGUGUGACCUCACAAAAUAUGUUUUCGGCCAUAACUCAAGAAUUUAAACUCAUUAUGACAAAACUUCACACAAAUGUCGAACAGAAUAAAAUGAUGCAGUGAUGACAUUUUACAUCCAAAAGGUCAAAGGUCAUCUUGACUGUGACAUCAUCAUGUUUUAACGUCAUAUCUCAGGAACAGAAGGGGAGACAUUUGGUCAGAUACUGAAUUGGUGACUCUAAUCUUGAAACUGUGCUGAUUGUAUAGAUCUUCUGUGUGUGAAGCAUCCAUGUUUUCACUGACAUGGAUGGAGACUGUCAGAGACACUGGACUGGUGGGCGGAGUCAUACAACCACAGGGUGGACUGGUGGGCGGAGUCAUACAACCACAGGGUGGACUGGUGGGCGGAGUCAGACUACAGUGCAAACAUGUCAUCAUGGCUUGACACAGUGCGGCCAAAGAGGAAAAACCUUAAUGUAAACUACAAAAAAACUAUGAAAAAGAAGUCGUCAUCUGCAGACUGAUAAAAACAGCCUUAAUGAACUGAGAACCUGCUGCCACACUCUGUUAACUGAUCCCAGUUAAGCACUCUGUGUGACAGCCAGACACCAGAUUGCAGUGGCUCAUGGGUAAUCAGUAAUGCAGUGAGCGAGGCUGUCAAAUUUUCAUGCUGAUAUCCAUCUAAGCUCCACAUGGGAAAAAUAAAUUAAAGAACAAAUAGACGAUGAAGAAAUAAUACCCUCCAUCUUGCUUUCUUGACCUUUUCUACGGGACACAAACAACACAUUUGUGUUAGCUUUUUGCUUUUUUCAUAAAGUUUUAUGAGCUCGUAAAUCCUCAAAGUCAGGUGAAAACGGCGCCGAUACUAAGACUGAAACAGACAGAAAUAUCCAACACAGUGUCACUGACGAUCCCGACAGUGAGCACUGAUUAUUUGUAGGAUAUUUUUGACUUUUUUUAUGUCUCAAUGCAAACGUAGACAAUCCUGUACAGCAGCUUCCUACAGUAAGGGUGAUGGAUCACUACAAACAGCUACUGUGAUGCUUUCAUUUGUUAGGCAUCGCUAACGCGUCAAAGCUGCAUGUUGCUGUGCAGAUUCUCACUGGUUUAAUAAACGUCUCAGGGUCGCUGACUCCUCUCUACUACCCCCUUGUAGAUAAGUGGUCUUCAACACAGCCAUAACUCAGAAAGUCGAGUCACACAUCACACUUUGCAUUAUCUCAUGCCUCCUUUGCAUUGUAGAUUCUUUUAAGGAAAUCUUUGAGAAACAAAUUCUACUUCCAACACACAAACUCAUGUGUGUCUUUAUGUCUCUGUGUGCAGUUUGUUGGUGCUGAAUGUUGACCAGGCUAUGAAUGAGAUGCUCUAGAACGCAGAGAAAAACACCUCCUCCUCUAAAGUUCAGUCCACCACCAACCAACAUGAGAAAUGUCAACUUCUUAUACUGCACAAACUACCACCUUAGAAACAGGCAACAUUUUUAUUAUCUUCCUUAAAUGCAACGCAGUCGCCAGGAAAAAAUGUCGUUUCUAACCAUAGGGAUGUGACAUUUGCACAUUAUUACGUAGGGGACACGCUGAAACUUGACGUUUUAACAACUCUGUGGUUAAUGUGUGGUUAUGUUCAGACACAAAAACCACUUUGUUAGGAAAAGAUCAUGUUUUGGCUUAAAAUACAUGGUUUGGUUACACAGUACCAGCUGGAAUAACAACAGCAAGUUGCUAAAAACACCCAUAUUUGGUGCCUAAACACUCGCUGGAAACACAGCUCUGUCUCGGAAAAAAGCAAACGCUUUUCAUGGUACUAUCCCUGCUGGAACGACAGCAAAGGGUCUCCAAAAAACAUCCACAUUUGGUGCCAAAAAGGUCGCUGGAAACACAGCUCUGUCUCAGUAAAAUCAGCUGCUUUUUGUGGCAAUAUCCCAGCUGGUAAAACAGCAACAGGUCACUAAAAACACCUAUAUUUGGUGCAUUAAAAGCUGCUGGAAAUGCAGCAAUGACUCGUUAAAUCACAACUGGUUUUGGCCUGGAACAGCGGCCUGGAUGUCACGCCAUCCACCCUCCCCUCCACCUCCAGACAACAAAGUCAUUUCAUAUACUACGUCACUUAAGCUGGCAUAAUGACAUUAACAGAGAAUAUCAAUAUCACAGUGUUAAACUGUUAAAUAUGCGGUUAUACCCCAGCUAAUGACAUCACAGCUCACAGAAACCAGCCAUCAGAAGCUGCUGUCGGAGCAACAGACGGAAAGAUUUACCACUUUAAAAAGAGCUCAAAGAAAUCCUGAUACAUCUUCACCCUCAGCACAGUCUGAGCUCACCGAAAGAACUCAAAUCUGAUUUCACAUGGAGAGCAAGGCUUUGGCUUUACAGAGUUUUAGGGCCCAGACAUCUAUCAGUCAGAGCAGUGUAGUUAUUCCAGACAUAUGAUCAGAGAGAGCUGCUGUCUCAUCUCCAGUGUACAUGAACAACCACCGAACUAACUCCUGUGAGUGUCGUCGGUCCUACAGAUUCAUUCAGACCAGUAAAAUCCCUGCAGCCGGUUUUGGUUCGGGUUUUUUUUUUUGUACAACCAAAAUCUGAGCUAAUGAUACUAUUGACACACAUUUUACCAAUGAGCCUAACUAAUAUUUACUAAAUUAUUUCAUAAUAUGACAAACUAUGACAGAGCUACAAUUAGAAAUGUGAAAAAAUGUACAUACAAGGAAAUACUGUUUAUUGCUACAUAUAUUCAGAUGACCUCACCAAAACCACCACAGAAAAUUACUCACAUUUUACACAAAAAUUUGUGUAAGAAUGUCAAAGUCUUUUUUCCAGCAAACAAAAAACUAUUCAAUAAAAAUGCACUGAUAUCUGAAACCAAUGUUUUUUUUGUAUUUCCCUUUUUCUGACAGGGAAACAAAGUAAUCUUAAUUUUAAAAAUUAUACACAUAAUUAAAACAUCCUUUAAAAUAACCUUUUAUGAAAAACAUUCCCUCUCUGUUAUCUGUUUUAUAUUGCUGUGAACACAUGAACAAUUUUCUCCCUCAAACAGCUGAAUUUAUUAAAGUUUCUCACCAAAAAACUACAUUUACAAGAUCACAUGUGAACGCAUCAUGAUAAGGCUUUAAUUUAUCUUCGCCAAGUGGUCAUUUCUACAGAACAGAGCUUGAACGCAUCAUAACGUAACUCAAUGCAACCUCUGUCUGCUGUUAGUUCCAACCACCGGCUGCUAACAGCCCUGCUUUUUAGCCUGCGCGAAAUUGAUGAGACACGACAGAAAAACAUCGACCGCCGCCAUUUGUAAAUGUCACUCUAUUUGCUGAUAGGCUGAUGGCAGACAGCAAGACGAAUAUCAGCUGAUAGUGAUGUACGGCCGGUAAAUCGGUGCAUCUGCUGUUCAUUAAAGCCAUCGAAAGCUAAGUCAUGCAAGCAGCUUAUUGCGAUCCAUAUUUGUGUAUAUUGUUCAGUAGUGACCUCUAGUGGCCGUAGUAAUUAUGACGGGAGCAAAGGAGAGAGUCAGGUGACAUAGCAUAAAGGGCAACAAAUCUACAUAGUAUGGUGGAUGGUCCAAACAAACACAGGACUUUCACACAGGAGACCAAAUGUCGAUGUUGAGUUAUUUCAACUUCUGUAGCUACGUAAGUUAACUUACAUAAUGUGCUUAACUUUCAUUACGUAUGUAACUUAAAUAACAUUACGCAUGCUUAUUUAAACCUAAAUCAUGAUCUUUUCCUAAACCUAACCUAAAGCUGGUGCAGCUGUCUCACAAUGUUAAAGUUAGUAGUUACUGGAUGUAACUCAUGUUCUAUGAGUGUGUGUGCUUUUUGCUGGUACUCUCCAACGGUCAUAAAGGUUUCAAAAGUAGGGACCACUGGUUUAAACUUUCUUACAUCGUACAUGGAAAUUGAAAUCAAAAAAACAAACAGGAGAAACUCAAAGGUUUAAAGGUGAUAACUGAAUGAGCUCAUGGUUAAACAAUACCGUAAAGUGCAUGCAGAGACAUAAAAUUCAUCAGAAUCCGAACCCUCCCAGCAGGUCCGAGUCUUUGAGGCUGUCACAUCGUUAUUUUCCAAUAAUCCCACUCUGUCUGUUUUGUUGAAGUUUUUACUCCUGACUUGUUUUUGUAGCUCCGCCCGUAUCAGAGUGACUGUUCAGGGGUUCGCUGGGUGUUUGCAGCUACUGUAUGAUGAUACUGAUGUUAAAGGUUAUUUGGGCCACAAAGCCUGUAAAAGCCAUAGAGACUAUUCAGCUUUUCCCUCCUCGUCUGUUUCCUGCUCUCUUUUUGUCCCUCGCUCCUUAUUCUAUUGUAUACUCUCAUAUUUAUUGACUAAUAUGAAAUAUUCCCUCAGAGAGUUUAUAUCACUGGUCACUAACACUGAGCUGAACAACUCGGCUUUUGUAUACAAUGAUGUCUACUUGUAUAUGACUACUUCCUUUCUGCUUCCUGUCUGUUCCUGUCUUUAGUUUUAGUAUUUGUUGUAUAGAGUUUUUUAAAACUUGCAACAGAUUUUAAAGACGUCUUUUUGCUUUAACAGUCUGUAAUUGUUUUUGUUCACAAUUCUCAUUUGAAAUGUGUUGUUUAAAUUAUUUUUUAACUUAUUAAGAGGAGUAUUACAUUUACACUUUUAGAAUACUAAAUAUCUUUCUUUUCCCAACAUGGCUGCAGGUAAAUACUGUCAACUGUUUUUUGUUUGUUUCUUUUUUAGUUGUGUGAACAAAAUUAACUUGUUUUUGUUUUGGGUUUAAAAAAAAAAAAAAAAAAAUUAUCACUGUACGAUUUAUGCUAAUAACCAGAUGUUUUUGUUAGAUAGAAGAGUAGUGUUUUCACUUGUGAGCUCAAACUGGACAUUUUACCACACACACACUUUCUAACCGGGGACUUGUGUUUGUAAAUGUCGACCUGCUUCUCAACUUUCAUCCACAGAACUAGAAGAAAGUAGAAACACCACUUCCUGUAGAGGGUGAUGUGUACAGAUUAAGAUCAUUCAUAUUCUGUGGCGUUCAUUUAAAAGUGCAACAUGUUGCUGCUGCAGUUGCCUGAAAUUAACAGAAACAGUCAAAUAUGAUUUUUCUUCUUAAUCCCUUUGUAUGGAGAAGUAACUGCAGCGAGGAGCCUGUCAGCAUCUUGUAAACUCCUUCCUCGCUCAGUACCAUCGAUCAAUAACCCUGUCAGCUCUCAGCAGAUAUAUCAAGGACCACACUGUGACAGCAGGCAGCCGAAAUCCAGCUUAACACACUUAAAUCACCUUUUCCUGCAGAUAUAAGGGACAAGCCUUCAAUCACGCACAACAUGAAGGAUGGAACAUUUUGUGGUGUAUGAAUACAGUAAGACAUCCAAACCACCUGAUUAUAGCUGUAAGGUUGGUAGAAAAGGUAUAUUCAUGAAGGGAUGAGUACCAACGCUGCAGCAGUCUGUGCUCAGAUCUUUAUGAAAACAUUGUUCAUUCAGUUAGACAUUUUCAGUCGGCUAGUGUUACUGUUCAUCACUGUACUUCUCCUAGAUGUUUGUUUUAACCAUUUAUACCAGAAAAAAUCUUGAAUUUCUUUGAGAAUGUUUUUACAAAAUUGAGUGUGGAUAAGAGUAGAGACGAGAAACAUUACCAGUAUCAAAACUGAUGAAAUUGACUGCUGCAAUCCACGCUGUCCGUACUCUGCCUUCAUUUCGUCUUUAUUUGUUCACAAUGCCAAAAUUCUUGCAGAUACAAAUGAAACAGAGCGAUACCACAGGAGAACAUGGAGGCAGUGUAGCGUAGUUCAAGCGAGAUACGACCGUAGGAGACGACAAAGACAUUUUUUUUAAAACUAUAAAGUACUUUUUGCUGAUGAGACUUCUGCACUUUGAUUUAAGUAGGAUUCUAAAUGCAGGACUUUUACUUGUAACAAGAACGUUACAUUCUUGUACAGGUACUUGUAAAGUACUUCUUCCACCACUGCUGUGCGUCACUGUUUUCAGACUUUAGUUUUACACUUUUAGGUAAACUGUUGGAUAUUGAUCACUGCUGUCCCUCCUGCUGCAUCUAGACUCGUUUAUGCUCAGUGUUAGAUAUGGAGCCUUCUGUCUGUACUCUGCACUCAUUUCACCAUAUUUGUUCACGUUUUUUGAAACCUUAUGGAUAAGGACAAAACGGAGCAGUACCACCGAAACUUGUGGGGGGCAGUGUAGCGUAGCACAAGGGAGACCUGGCUGUAUGACGUGAAGAAGACAUUUAGAAAAUGGCGCAACAGAACAAAUCAGUAACCUAGUGAAAAGAAUCCAAUUGUCCAACAACUGUCACAAGGAUUUAAUGGCCUCACAGAUCACCGCCAUCUACACAGCUGCCUCUAUUAAAAGGUACAAUAAUACA